CAGUUUUAUAUCAGUGGCUUAAGGUUCCGUAACUUUUCACGAACUUCAAGAGAAGUCUACCAUAUUAAUUAAAAUAGAUAAUCUUCCCCCUUCGGGUUAUCCUCCAAGAAAACAUUCCUUACGUCACAUUCUCCUCCAGUGCCGAAUGUUGUUGGAAUGUUGCUGCUCUGGAUAAUCAAAAUGGCGGAUAUAAUUAUACCAGCGUUUGAAAAGACUGAUCAAUCAAGCCUGUUGCCGGCUAACUGAGAUCGUAGGACUGCGGUGCCUGAACAGCCACAAGGAUGGAUGUUUUUAAAUGCAGCAAGUCUUUCUUAAUACGAUGGAUGACAAUGUGGAAGCACCAAUCAUCUAAAUCGAGAUCUACUCUUUUAAUCACAUAUGGGAACUUUAAUGCUUCACGGCUUCUAAAUACACAGCAGAAGGCCUCACUUUCCAGCCAAACUUGUUGCUGUCAGCAGGAAAAAUGGAGCAAAGAUGGGCAAGAGGAAACUCUUAUCGAUCAGACUGCAAACUUACUCUUCCGAGAGACAGAGAAGUGGGACAAGCGGCGAAAGAAAGGCAGUUUUGGAUUAAUAUUCGAUAUUGAUGGCGUUCUAGUAAGGGGGCGUCACGUAAUUCCUUCAGCGAUAAAUGCUGUAAGAAAAGUAAUGGAAGCAGGAAUCCCUACAAUAUUUCUCACAAAUGGGAGCUGUGAGACUGAAGAGCAUAAAGCGCGAGUGCUUAGCACUCAGCUUCACACGAAGGUAAACAAGGACCAGGUUAUAUUAGCUCAUACUCCAUUGAGGUGGAUGGAAAAGUUGCAUCAAAAGCAUGUUGUAGUCUCAGGCCAAGGACCUAUAUCAGAAAUUGCUAAAUCAUGUGGCUUUGAACAUGUUUCUACACUAGAACAAAUAAGUGAAGCUUGCCCACUUUUAGAUGUUAAUGACAGAAGGAAAAGGUUUCAUGUUCCACCAAACAGGUGUCAUGAUAUGAAGAAAACUGAAGCCAUUAUUAUAAUGGGUGAACCAAUUCACUGGGAAACACAUCUUCAAAUUUUAAUUGAUCUGCUAAUAACAAAUGGAAUGCCCAACAACAAUCUGAGAGAGAUACCAGCAACUAACAUCCCAGUGAUAGCAGUCAACCCAGAUCUCCUUUGGAUGAGUGAAGCAUCAAAUCCAAGGUUUGGCAAUGGUGCUUUUCUCUGCUGUCUUGAAGCUUUAUAUAGAAAACUGACUGGAAGAGAACUAAUUUACACAACAAUCCUUGGAAAGCCAAACUUAUUUACCUACAAGUUUGCUUCAGAAGUAUUAGCUACUCAAGCAAAAAAUCACCAUGGUGACGAGGCAAUAGUUGACAGAAUAUAUGUUAUUGGUGAUAACAUCGAUACCGAUAUAUAUGGUGCAAAUAUCUACAAAAACUUUUUAGCCAGAUCGAAAGGCAAUCAUAUGCAAUGCCUUGAAGACGAGUUCUGUAAUUCCCUGAUUACCAACGGAAAAGUGAGCUGCAUUGAAUCGAUAAUGGUGAACACUGGUGUGUCAGCUGUGAAAAGAAGCCUGCCUCAAGUAGGUAUAAACCAUCUUCACAGGGAUACAAAGUAUGAGCCAGAAAUGGCAAUGCCUGACUAUAUAGUACAGGACGUAUUAGAAGCUGUAGAUCUAGUAUUUCACAAAGAAGAGGCGUAUUGAUCCGUCUGCAAUUGUUUCUGUUGUUUUUAGUGUACCUUUUUAGUUUUAUUGUGUGUAUUUUUAGCUAACAUCAUAGAAACAUUAAUUGUAUUUGUAUCUAUACAUGUUUGUACUAUUCUUCCAAGGCGCAAUUGAUCUUCUAUUAUUUAAUCAAUUUAGUUAGAGAAUUAUAAAACUAUAUUCAUUUGCUAUGUGAAUAGUUUGUGAUAAAAAUUCCGCAUGUGAA